GCGAAUCAGGAUCACCAGCGGAUAAAACAAAAAAUGUCUCCGUUUCUCUCCAGACUCUCCAAGCUCUCUCCUCAGAAAGAUUCUCAGAUAAGCUUUCGUUUGUUUUCAUCUUCCAUAGACCGUCUUGCACCUUAUUUGGUCUUCGGCAAAAAUCCUUUUGGAGAUGACAUAAGAUUUCUCGACGUUUCCACCACAGAAUUAAUAACUACUGACCGGAAGAUCCCUAGUGAGUUGCUAGAGACAAAAUCAACAAUCGGAGCAUCCCAAGGAUGGGUCGCUACCCUAAAGAAGGGUGUGGUGUGUCUCCACGACGAUCUGAACCCAUUUGCAUCAGACUCAAACCCUAAACGCAUUUCACUGCCUCCUCUUGUGACUCUUCCUCAUUGUCAGACCCAGAUUGUCACCAACGUGGCCAUGUCCACUUCUUCUCCUGAGGAAGACGACUGUGUUGUGGCUGUCAAGUUCUUGGGACCUCAACUCAGCCUGUGUAAGAGCUCCAAAUGGACCAACAUCAGAAUCAAAGACCCCAGUUUCUUCACUUCCCAUGUCAUGUAUUCUCAAAGAGAUCAGAUGUUCUCCUUGCCCGCUUCUGGAUGCGACCACAUGGCAUCCUGGGAUCUCAAGGGCGAGCCCAAGCUGCAAAAGUUGCAUUUUCAAAACCUUCCCAGGUUGAAAAAGACAGAAAAGGAACUUUUGUUUUCGUGCUACAGGACUCCAUACUUAGUAGAGUCAUCAGACGGAGAAACUUUCCUUGUUAUUUGGUACAGGUCCUGCGCUUAUAGCAUGGUAACUAAGGUGGAUUUGGAAACCAAAGGUUUUAGGGUGUUCAGGAUAGGCAAGGAAGGAAGAGCUACUUACACUGAAGACAUUGGAGAUAUCUGCAUUUUUCUUUCAAAGUCUGAGCCUUUCUGUCUCCAUGGUAACUCCGUCCCUGAACUCAAGGGAAACUACAUCUAUUACCUCGAUGUCCACGAGUCGAGCCAGGUGUUGGAGUUGGGAGGUUUCAGCCUCCGCAGAGCUGAUAGCGAUGUAGACUUCUCAGACCACCACACGAUCAACGUCCCUUACAUGUUCCCACCUCAACCUAUGCAAUGAAUUAUCAUUGUUUUUUGUUUUUCUGUGUUUUGUGUUUUUUGCUGU